AUGGCUGCGGUCACUGACCCGCUGGCCGCGGUCCGGCCGCAGGUGGUGGACAUCAUGCGGGUGAACGUGGACAAGGUGCUGGAGCGGGACCAGAAGCUCUCGGAGCUGGACGACCGGGCGGACGCGCUCCAGGCCGGCGCCUCCCAGUUCGAGACCAGCGCGGCCAAGCUCAAGCGCAAGUACUGGUGGAAGAACCUCAAGAUGAUGAUCAUCCUGGGCGUGAUCUGCGCCAUCGUCCUCAUCAUCAUCAUCGUCUAUUUCAGCACCUAACGCCGCCGGCCCCGCCCUGCCAGGCCCCGCCCCUCGCUCGGGCCCCGCCCCCUCACCCCAAACCCCGCCCCCAACGCCGCG